AUGACGGCAACUAAAAGCAUAAAAGCGGUCCAUUUUGAUUUAGAGAUUUUCACCGAUGCCAGUUUAUCUGGCUGGGGCGCGGUCUGUAAUGGUAAAACUACGUUUGGUUGGUGGGAUAAGUCAUUGCGAAGUGAACAUAUAAAUUUUUUGGAACUUCAAGCCAUUCUAUUUGGACUCAAACAUUUCGCAAUAAAUUUAAACAAGAUCUCUAUUCUUGUUCGAACGGACAACACUACCGCCUUGUCGUCCAUUAACCGAAUGGGAAGCGUUAAGUUUAAAAAAUUGAAUUCAUUGGCCAAAGAAAUUUGGCAAUGGUGUGAAAUAAGGGACCUUUGGCUAGUCGCCUCGUACAUAAAAUCAAGCGAUAAUUGGCAGGCUGACCAAGCCUCUCGCAUUUUGCCCCCGGAGACGGAAUGGGCAUUAAAUGACGCAAUUUUUGCAGAUAUUUGUAAGGUUUUUGGUGAACCUGAAAUUGACUUAUUUGCUUCUCGUGCCAAUAGAAAGUGUGCCAAGUACGUCACAUGGCACCAAGACCCCGAAGCGGAAGCAAUCGACGCUUUCACAAUCAAUUGGAGUAAGCUUAAUUUUUAUGCCUUUCCCCCGUUUUCUCUUAUUCUUAAAACACUUAAUAAAGUAGUUGCAGAGAAAGCGGAAGGCGUUAUAGUGGUGCCAUUCUGGCGAUCACAACCUUGGUACCCUUUGCUUCUUAAACUGGCACAGGGCGAGCCCAUCUUUUUUGGCCCCAAAAAUAAUUUGGUGUCAUCUCCUUACAGAUCAACGCAACACCCGCUGUCCUACAAGCUUAUCCUGGUGGCCGUGAAGUUGUCAGGCAGGCAUUUAAAUUAA